AUGACCACGUCUCUAAAGGAAAGUGCUUUCAGACAACGUCCAAAUCCUGGCCGCACACUCACAGACUGUAGCCCUCCUAGACAGUCUGAUUAUCCAGAUUCAACUUUAAUAGCUAGGCCUCCCUCUCCUGAUGCUGUCUCGACGACAAGUGACGAAGGGUCAAACUAUCAUGCAAUCCAGGCAAAGAACAUCAUACAGAUAGAUCUUCAGAACCCUCGCUUUAUCAGCCGCGAGCAACAGUCAAUACUAAAGUCGGCUCUUCAGCUUGUGAGCACCAUGGCCAGCCAUCAGCCGCCCACAGCCCUGGAAGAAGGGAGUCAUCUGCACGACCCCCCUGGUACUAUUCCCAAAGUACCACCGCGUGAGCUCUUAUUCAUGCUUCUUCCUGGCCCGCCGGAAUCUGUGCGUAUACAGUGGCCGGAUCACAUAUCCGACAAGGCCUAUGUAAGGAUGGCUACGCCCCUACUACAAGACCGAUGCCAGCUCGAAGCCAAGACGUUCCACCAGUACUGCAUUUGCAUCUACGUCAAAGCCAUUUUUCAUAUAUAUCAGGUAUCACGAUCCAUGGACGACCUUGUUCUCCGAAAGGAAAUGUCGGAAUCCAGGUCCAACUAUGUGGCGGCAGCAAUGCGCAGCAUUGAGAACUUCAACAUACUCAAACCCCCAGAUCUCUUGACCAUCCAAUCAAUGAUGUCUAGUGCACUGCUCAUGCAGCACUUAGGGAAACCACACCAAUGUUGGCUCUUUGUCUCAUAUGCCGCCCGACAAAUCACUGCCCUCAACUAUCACAAGAUCCGUAGACUGCCAGCAACCUCCGAGGUGGAGCAAGAGAUUCACAGUGUCGUCUACUGGUGCUAUUAUCUUGACCAGACCUUGAGUUCUCUGCUCUGUCGGUCCUCUUCGCUACCCGACCUCGAGGUCUCUCCUACCGACCUGAUCACGUUAGCACCGUCGUCCCCGUACGAUAGUCUUUUACGGAUCAUACUUGAUCUUGCCCAAGUCCAGGGUAAGCUAAGGACAAUCUCUUGUGGUAACAAAACCCACCCCACCGAUCGAGCUCUAGAGACAUGCCAGCUCCUCGAGGCCAAAAUGCAGGCCAUCCUUCCACGUUUGCAGGCGAAUCGUGAUUGUCAUCCCAAAAUGAUCCAGUAUGACUGGGUCGGCGUGGACUUUUGCUACUACGCCAUAUUCGUCGAGAUCCACCGUACCCGGCUGAAAAGGGCAUUCAGCCCAAAGGUUCAUCAGGAAUGCCUCAUCUAUGCGCGCAAGUCGCUCCGAGCUUUCCGCUUCCUUCAGCAACACCCCGCCGAGCUACCUGGGUUCGAUGAUCCCUAUCCUUCGUUUUUGACAUGGACCCUAUUCCUCUAUCCCCUGAGCGCCUUCUUUGUCGUCUUUUGCAACAUCAUCGGCACUAAGGAUCAGGACGAUUCUGAGCUCAUGGGCCGGAUCAUCCAACGUCUGGAGCCGUUCAAGCAGGAUCGCCACCUAGGCAAGCUCCUGAACCUGCUGCAGUCGUUGGAGCGUCUCUGUGAGCCCCUUUUCCGGACAACUGGUGAUGGCGGUGAUUCUGGCUCUGAAGUUGUCGCGCCUGACGGCGAUGCAUCAGUGACAUUUGCUGAGACCAGCGUCGACCAUGCCGACAACACGGCUUCCCUUGGCGCUUUCCACCCCGUAUUCUCCGGAGCUACUCUGGGGCCUAUACCCGCCACCACCACGACCACCACCACCGACGUGGACCCCUCUGCUGACUGGCUGAUGUGGCAGUUGUUCAAUAGCCAGGUUCCACCGGGAUGGCUGGACGAAGGUGUCGAGCCUUUCGAUGGUGGCCCCAUGUAA